AUGAGUGGACGCCUCCUUAAACAUGGGUUCCAAACCCACCCCUGCUCAAAAUCGGUGUACAACUUGUGGAGGACUAAGUUCUACUCCAUUUCGGACUCCGCCGCCGGCACUGCUGGCGGUUCGAUCGUUCGGAAACAGUGCCAUCAAAUUCAACAGAGUAAACCAUAUUCCCGGUUCAACCAUAAGGCCAAAGAGCUCGGGUUACAGACUCCUACAACAAUUGUUUCUUCCACUUUUUCUUCAACGGCGUCGUCGUCCUCUAAAAUCGGGCUUGUCGGUUGGUAUCUGGGCAUGGUCAAGUCGAGACCCAUUGUUACCAAGAGCAUCACUUGUGCCUUAAUUUAUACGGCUGCUGAUUUAUCGUCUCAGACAAUUGCUGGGCAAUCUGCAGAAGGGUAUGAUUUGGUGAGAACACUGCGAAUGGCUAGCUAUGGCAUGUUUCUUUUAGGUCCUUCGCUGCAUUUUUGGUUUAACUAUGUGUCGAGGCUCUUUCCAAGGCGUGAUGUUAUCGCAACCCUGAAGAAGAUUGUAAUGGGACAGACUUUAUAUGGACCUGCUAUGACUGUUGUUUUCUUCUCCUAUAAUGCAUCAUUACAAGGUGAAUCUAGAACGGAGAUUGUUGCUCGAUUGAAGCGUGACUUGGUGCCCACAUUGAUUAGUGGUGUUAUGUAUUGGCCCUUAUGUGACUUUGUGACAUUCAAGUUCAUUCCAGUUCAUCUGCAGCCACUGGUUAGCAAUGGAUUUUCGUAUUUAUGGACCAUUUACAUGACGUACAUGGCAAGUCAAGAGAAGGUGCGUUCAUCUUGA